UUGUUGGUUCUCCAAUGUUAUUGCGGCAGCAAAACCCGACCACGGCGCCACAUAUUUGAUCAAUAAUCUCCAAAGCAGUGACCAAAACCACCAUUUCCUUACCACCCUUUUAAUGGUUGUGGUUUCUCUCUGUUCCGUGUGUCGUAAUGAGUACUGUGGAGAGUAGCAAACCGAAGAUCAUCAAUGGUUCUUGUGGUUAUGUUCUAGAAGAUGUUCCUCAUCUCUCCGAUUACCUUCCUGGUCUUCCUACAUACCCUAAUCCAUUGCAAGACAAUCCAGCUUACUCAGUGGUGAAGCAGUACUUUGUUGAUGCUGAUGACAGUGUUCCUCAAAAGAUUGUUGUUCAUAAGGAUGGACCAAGGGGAAUUCAUUUUAGACGAGCCGGGCCACGUCAAAAGGUAUACUUCGAAUCUGAUGAAGUGCAUGCUUGCAUAGUCACCUGUGGGGGUCUUUGUCCCGGCCUUAAUACCGUGAUUAGAGAAAUAGUGAGCAGUCUAUCUUACAUGUACGGAGUGAAGAGAAUACUGGGAAUAGACGGCGGAUAUAGAGGCUUUUAUGCUAAGAAUACUGUCUCCUUGGACUCCAAAGUUGUAAAUGAUAUCCAUAAGCGCGGAGGGACUAUCCUUGGGACCUCGAGAGGUGGCCAUGAUACCACAAAGAUAGUUGACAGCAUUCAAGAUCGAGGAAUCAAUCAGGUUUACAUUAUAGGAGGAGAUGGAACACAGCGAGGAGCAUCUGUUAUAUUUGAGGAAAUUAGGCGACGUGGACUGAAAGUUGCAGUUAUUGGAAUCCCUAAAACAAUCGAUAAUGACAUACCUGUGAUUGACAAAUCUUUUGGGUUUGACACAGCUGUAGAAGAGGCUCAACGAGCUAUUAACGCAGCACAUGUGGAAGCCGAGAGUAUAGAGAAUGGUAUUGGCGUUGUCAAACUUAUGGGUCGCUACAGCGGGUUCAUAGCGAUGUAUGCUACUCUAGCAAGCAGAGAUGUGGACUGUUGUUUGAUCCCGGAGUCACCAUUUUACCUAGAAGGAGAAGGCGGAUUGUUUGAGUACAUAGAGAAACGGCUCAAGGAGAGCGGUCACAUGGUGAUUGUGAUUGCAGAAGGUGCAGGACAAGAUCAAAUGUCAAAGAGCAUGGAAUCUAUGACACUCAAGGAUGCAUCUGGUAAUAAACUUCUCAAAGACGUUGGUCUUUGGCUGUCACAGAGCAUCAAGGAUCAUUUUAAGCAGAAGAAGAUGGUGAUGAACCUCAAGUACAUUGAUCCAACAUACAUGAUCCGGGCUGUUCCUAGCAAUGCGUCAGACAAUGUUUAUUGUACACUUCUGGCACAGAGUGCAGUGCAUGGUGCAAUGGCUGGAUACACUGGCUACAUCAGUGGUCUAGUUAAUGGAAGACAAACCUACAUCCCCUUCUAUAGAAUAACGGAGAAACAGAACCAUGUGGUGAUCACAGACAGGAUGUGGGCGAGGCUACUAUCUUCGACGAACCAGCCGAGUUUCUUGUGCCCAAAAGAUGUCGCUGAUAACAAAGAGAAGCCGAUGUCGGCUCUCCUGGACGAUGGCAACUGCAAUGGCACGGUCGAUGUUCCUCCAGUCACCAAAGAGAUCACUAAGUGACACUGAACAUAUAAGAACUACAACAUAUGCUUUUUUUAUUUGGCGUUUUUAAAUGAUGUCCCUUGUCCCAUGUCUUUAGGUAGUAUAGUAAAAUAAAUGGGGUUAUGAGGAUUUUACCCUUUUAGUUGGCAUAACAAAGAAGACUGUUUUGUUAGAGAUGCCUCAUGUUGUAAUUUUCGAUUUGAUCCCUCACGGAAUAUAUAUAAAUAUAAAUCUUGUUCCAUUCAUCCAA